UGGGAACAAAGAUAGGCAGCUCACCAAAUGUUAAUGUCCUUCGGGCUCAUUUUCCCUCUCAGUUAAAUAGCCUAUGCUAAAUGCGUGCUGUGAGAUUAAAAGGCCUGGCUUUACAGUCAAGUGGGAACACUUUCACUGGAUUCCUUCAGAAUACAUAGGGCCUGUCACAUACUAACUCGGUGUCAUUAGCCGUCACUAGUGCACAGAAACCGUGCUCAUCAUAUCUGGACAAAAGGCCAAAAAUAGCUAUACAUUAUCUUUCCUUCAUCUAUUUUUCGUACGCUUUGGAAAUCGACGUCAUCGUUCUAGGGCUAAACAAACGGAUUGGCCAUUGGCUUGGAGUCACGUUAUCCGAGUUUCUUUUGGAGGCACAUCUCCUCCUCAUCCAGAAAUGCUAUGCCGACGUCGUUGGAUUAGGAGAAGAGAAGUCAUCUACAAGUAGUCAAAGUCAGUCACUGACUGCAUAAACACUGAAGUCAUACACUGCAAAUCUCGGGUUGUUCUGCACUGAGGAACAUGUCAGUAGCACAAGGGAUGAGGUGUGCUACAGUCCGACUUUCCAAUGGUCUGUCGAUUCCUAUACUUGGAUUAGGCACAUCAAGUUAUGGCGGGUACUCUCAUGAUGCCAUUGUGUAUGCACUCACUGAGUGUGGUGUGCGCCACAUUGACACAGCACAGCAGUAUGACUGUGAAGAGAAACUGAACAAAUCUAUCAGAGAAAGUGGGCUGCCACGAAGUGAUCUGUGGCUCACCAAUAAACUGUGGCCAAUGGAUUAUGGAUACCAAGCAGCAAAGAAGGCCUGCCUUCACUCCUGCGCACUGAUGGGGGUGGAAUAUUUUGAUCUGUACCUGAUGCACUGGCCGGGUUCUAUGAAACUUGGUUCCUCCAACAGGGAGGUGAGAGCUGAGACCUGGAGAGCUUUGGAAGAACUUUAUAAAGAAGGGGUGUGCCGCGCUAUUGGAGUGAGCAACUUUAAGAUCCACCACCUGGAGCAGUUAGAGGAAGACUGUAAUAUGGUACCACAUGUUAACCAGGUGGAGUACCAUCCUUUUCAGCAGCCCACUCACAUGAUAGAGUACUGUCAUGAGAAGGGGAUUGUGUUCGAAGGGUACUGCCCACUAGCCAGGGGUCAAGUCCUCAGCAACCCCACUGUUCACCAGAUAGCAGAAAAGUACGGACGCACACCUGCUCAGAUCUGCAUCCGCUGGAGUAUUCAGAAUGGAGUUGUCACAAUACCAAAAUCUGUCAAAAAGAACAGGAUAAAAGAAAACUGUCAGGUGUUUGGAUUCCAGCUGGAAGAGGCGGACAUGGCCGCUUUAGGAAGACUACAUGAUGGAAGACACGUUGGUUGGGACCCAAGAGACGUGGAAUAACAAGAUGUAGGGAAGCACAAGAUGUGUCGGACCUGGUAUUAGUUUUGUGUGUACCAUUUGGCUGAAGAGCUAAUCUUUUAAUUAACUGGCUGUUAUCUUUAAAUUUGCCUAUAAGGAGACUCUGCAGGUUUAUUGAUCCUAGUUUUGUGCAUGAUAUACUUGGUAUCUAAGCAGUACCAAAAAUAGCACACAGCAAUGUUAACUUUGACACCUGCAUUUAAUUUUGACAAAAAUGCAAUUAGUCAAUUUAGUCUUUUGAUUUUUAUUAGUUUGUCAAAAACUAAAUGCAUUUUAUUCCAGUUUUCAUCAUUUUUCAUAAAUACUGUAUAUCCUAAUCUUUGUUGAGUACAAAGUGCUGCUCUGCUCUGCAGAAAUUGGACUCAUUUCAUAAACUCCUCUUCAAAGGGUUCAGCUUGAGAGGUGACGUUAAAUCAUCAGAUAACAGUUUUUUUAUUUUAAACUUACAUCAGGUCCCACCCAGUAGUAGAAACAUUACUCCCUUUCAAGUAGCUCCAAGG